GAUUGUUUGGCCUCCUCGCGCUUUUCGCGGCAUGGCCUUGGAUUUCCGCUCUGUGGUCGACCGAUGGCUAUCACCAGGCUUUUGCCUACCCGGCCCGCUUAGCGCGGACGACGAGGAGAGCGCAGACGUUCGGCACCCAAAGAUAUUGGGAAGAGUUUUACUCGGGCGACACGGCUGACGCAGAAGAGUUUGAGUGGUUCUGUGGCUACGAGGACCUGCGCCCAUUCUUCCGGCACUUUGCCGAUUCCUUGAUCUCCAGGACAAACACGACCCGGCUGCUGAUGGCUGGCUGCGGGAAUUCCAAGCUGAGCUUCGAAGUCUAUGAUGAUCUGGUGGCCAGCGAACGCCUCCCGGUGGACAUCUGGAAUGUGGACUAUGCCGAGGCUGCUUUGCAGCGCCUAAAAGGCGUCGCCGAAGGAAGGGUCAUGAACUGGGCUGUGGCCGACCUCACUCAGCUCUCUGAAGAGGACUUCCCGACUGCCACCUUCGACUUGGUCCUAGACAAAGGCACUAUGGACGCGCUGUUCUGUGCAGGCCCGGCUUCGGUGGCAGCUGCUGUGCGCGAGAUGCAUCGAAUCCUUCGACCAGGUGGGCGCAUGGUCAUGGUCUCCGGGGUCCCGCCAGCGAAGGAUGUCCUUGAAGCCUUCAAAGGCAGCUGGACUGUGCUGGCAGACGGCUCGCCUUUCAUCAUGGACGAUGGCGAGGCCACGAUCAACCUGCGUGCACACUUCUACGUCUUCGAGCGCCCCGAAAGCUCCGCCGAGGGCCUCGUGGAGCCUUCCUAG